AUGAAACAACUCGCCAGGGAAUACGUUUACUGGCCGAGAAUCUCUGAUGACAUCGAACAUCUUGUUCGCCAGUGCGAUGCAUGUGCUCUGACUCAAAAAUUGCCGAUAAAGGUACUCCUCAAUCCGUGGCCUAUCCCGAAAAGACCACUAGAACGUAUGCACAUUGAUUAUGCUAGUCCUAUCGACGGCCAGUACAUCCUUAUUUUCGUAGACGCAUAUUCAAAAUUUUUCGAUUUAGCCAUCACGCCCACAAUUUCGCGGGCAAGUCGCACUGUGGAGUUGUGCCAUGAAGUUUUCUCCAGGUAUGGACCGCCAGAAGUUCUAAUCAGCGACCAUGGCACCCAAUUCACUUUAGGACUGUUCGCUGACCUCUGCAAGAACCUACAGAUCACUCAUUUAUUAUCACCGGUCAACCAUCCCCAAUCAAAUGGAUAA